AUGGGGUAUCGUACAUCCAUCCAGGGCCCCCCCCCGUAUGUCAAGUCUCCCAGUUUUCAGUUGACUGACGUCGCGUCGCUGAAAUGGAAGGGUCAGAUCUUGUUGUUGCGCCCAUCUACUGUAACUUUCCAUUUGAAGAUGCAUCGAGUUGCUAUAUUGGUUCUCGCUGCUCUCGCAGCACAAACAGCAACAGGAUUCAUCCUACCAGCACCACAGAGACAUUACUCCAGUAGCUUUCAAUUGGGAGCUGUCCUUUCGAGCCAGACUGCUGCACGUGAUCUGGGUGUCAAGAUUUUUGACGACGAGAACAAUAUUCGUACGGCAUAUGAUGAAUGGCGCGUAGAGUUUGGAAAGGGAGCUUUCAACGACCAACGGUUUCAAAAUUUCAAACAAAACUUCAAGACUUUGACCGUUGCAAAUUUUGAGGCGGAAUAUAAGGCUUUCAAAGAAGGAACGAACCCGCCUGGAUGGAUGUACCUCAACGAAUUCGGGGACUUCUCUCAAGGGGAAUACGAUGCUUUGACUGCUGAAUCAGAUAUUGACACAUACAAAAUAUAUGAAGACUGGUGCAACGAGUUUGGUGUCAAAGCCGAUGCGAAUCGCUAUGGGAUUUUCUUGGCAAACUACAAAUCAAUGAAGUCGUAUGCCAAGCAGACUGGUAAAAAUUUGAAACUGAACAAGUUUGCCGAUUGGACCAAAGCAGAAGCAGAGAAUGGAAAGAAAGCAGAGCCAAAACCUGCUGCACAACCUCAAAGCGCGGAGCCCACCAAAACACCUGCUGCUACACCCAUUGCCAACAACAAAGAAAUGAAAGAAUUCAUUCAGCAAAGAGGGACUCGCAUCCUUCAGUAUGCAAAUGGUGUAUCUUCUGUAGAGCAAACCACCGCCGCACCACGAUCAACGCUCGCCAUAGGAAGUGUAGAACCUGUCCAGGGCAGAAGACGUGUCCAAUCGGCCGGUGGAUCUCAACAAUACUCAAACACGCAAACUUCCCCAAGCGAUGCAAACCAAUCAUUUCAGGGAACACGACAAAUCGCAGCUGUUUCUGGGACGGGUCGAGGUACACGAGUCGUCCAAGCAAUUGCCUCUGCUGCAAAACAGGCCUUCCAAGGCACUAGAGCAAUUCAACCGGGAAGUACUAAUCAGUCAUUCCAAGGAACCAGGCAAAUUCCGCCGGCCAAUGGAAUGGCACAAGGUACCAGGGCUAUCCAGCCAGGGAAUGGGCAACUUCCAUCUUCGGGAACUAGAGCGAUUCAGCCAGUUGCCCCCAAUGAUGCAAACCAACAAUUCCAAGGUACUAGAGCCAUCCAACCAACAAACCCCGCUGGCGGAAACCAAGGCACGCGACAAAUUUCAUCGGUCACUGGUGACAGUGCGCCAACUGGAGGAGAGCCUUUCCAAGGGACUCGACGUAUUUCAGACAUUCCAGAACAACGGCCGUUCCGUGGAACUAUUGCAAUCAAUCAACCUCCAAAAGACACAUGA